AUGAAAGCCCAUAUUCUAGAACUCAUUGAACCCUCGCUAUUAAGGCUCGAAACCUGGGUCAAGGCCAUUGCUGCUGAUGUCCCUGUCGAAACAGACUGGGCUCAAUCCUCCUUCGGCUCAUGGUACAACGAACCUCGUCAGCAUGGUUUAGAAUUGCUGUUCUUGGCUAGUUUCUGGGGACUCGCUACAUACAUGAUGUUCUGUCGCUUGCUCAGGCCCGGAACCAACAACUAUAAGCUUUUGACUGAAUUCCAGGUGCCCUGCAGAGCUUCAUUGACUGAAAGGGGCAUGACUCUUUCGUUAAUUUGCUCUCUUUUGUUGACCUUGACUCAUAAGAUCAUUCGCAAUAGAGUUUGGUUUAUGAUGCAGCCAUGUCAUAUGAGUGGUGUGUUACUUUUGUUCACACUAGUCUAUCCAAAUAAGAGAUCGCCUAUCCCACACAUUUUCUUCAAUAUUUAUUUGCAUCUCCAAUGGGGUGCUUUGGCUGCGCUUGCCUUUCCUGAUUUGAGAGAGCAUACGAUGAUUGGUGAGACAUUCAAUUUUUUUGCUGAGCAUAUUUUGUUGUUGGUGGUACCUGUCUAUAUGAUUUAUAGCAGACGCUAUGUAGUCUUGCCUAAAUCAAGGGAAAUUUUGUUCCUGUCCUUCUUCUCAUACAGCUUCUUCCACACUCCCCUCCUCCACUUGAUCUCUCUUGUCUCAGGCUACAAUUUGAACUACAUGUGGGCCCCUCCUCCAAUCAAAUUUUUAUUAGAUCUCGGACCUUUAUACAGAAUCGUCAUGUUUGGUGCUGCAUUCGUUUUCAAAUUUGUCACUCGUUUCAUUUUUGUAGAAACUGCUCUUACUCUCAUGCCUCGUAAGAAGCUCUCUUCUAAUGAAAAGACUACUACAAUCAAUCCCAAUUUACUGAAAAAAUCCAAGAAAAUCUAA